AACCAGCUGGCCGUCUGCAGCACGCGCAACGACCUUCGGUGCAUUGCAGCCGUACGCGACGCGUUCGACGCCGCCAGCCCCGCGCAAAGCCGUACGCGUUUCACGCCACCAGCCGCCCGCUUUUAAACAUGGCUAGGUUGCUCUCCUCGCUGGCCCUGCUCUUCGCCGCGGCCGACGGCCUCCUCAAAGCCAUGCCCCAGCGACGGGCGCUCACGCGCGUGCACGACGCCAACGCCGUCACCGAGGUGUCCUUCAAGGACCUGGACGGCACGAGCGCGCGCAUCGGCAUCAUCAAGACGAAGUGGAACCCGAAGAUCGUCAACGCGCUGGCGGACGGCGCGAAGCAGGCCUGCCUCGACGCCAAGGUGAGCAAGGAGAACAUCUUCGAGACGCAGGUGCCGGGCGCCUGGGAAUUACCGAGCGCGGCGCGCUUUUUGGCUUUAUCGGGCCGCGUCGACGCGAUUGUGUGUGUGGGCUGCCUCAUCAAGGGCGACACGCUCCACUUCGAGCACAUCGCCGAGGCCGUCGCGUCGGGCCUCAUGUCCGUCCAGCUCCAGACGAGCGUGCCCUGCGCCUUCGGCGUGCUGACCGUCCUCGACGAGGAUCAGGCGGCCAAGAGAAGUUACGCGGGCGAGAACCACGGCGAGUCGUGGGGCAAGACGGCCGUCGAGAUGGCCGUGCUGCGCCAAGAGGCCUUAGGUCUGGCGAAGAAGGGCACGAUCAACCUCGGCUUCUCGGACGAGGACUCGUCCAAGGCCAUGCCCAAGGCGGGCGUGGGGGAGAAGAAGGUGUUCUUCUAGAUCGUGAUGAUCCUAAGGCCUAGUGUAUUU